AUGAUCGGUUUACCGUUUAAAAGAUGUCAUUGUUGGGUAUGUCUUGAUGAUUCAGACUUUGAUUCUACUUGGAUUAUUCAUCAGUGCGGAUGUCAGUUACAAAUUCACAAGAAAUGCUACUUCAAAUGGCUUUAUAGUUUGAAUAAGGAACAUAUUUCUCAACAGUUAAGGAAUAGAAGCAAUGGUUUGAUUUCGGAAGAGACUCUCUAUAAACGACUUUGUUACUUAUUCGAUGGACAUAGGGAUUUUUAUAGGAAUAUUUCUUUUGUCGAAAAUAUAGUCGGGAUACCUAUUAUUGGAAUUCCUUGCUUUACAUUCAUAUGCAUACCAAUGAUCUUUAGUUUUGAAACAUUAGGUGUGAAUUGUUUCUCAAAAAUGAUAACAGAGUACCCUUUGCCACCACCUAUUACAAGCGUCUAUUGUCCUCAAUGCAAAAAGUAUAUUAAGAAAAGUGACUUAGAUAUAACAUCAGAUUCAAUUAUACUGAAACUAUCCUACUGGGGAAAAAAACUAAUUAGAUGGGGAAUUUCACUCGUUGCUAUAUCACUUCCAAUAGUAAAUCUAGGGAAACUAUGGUUUCAACUUGGAUUAUGGCAAUUACGGCAAGUCUUUCCAGAAGAAAUAUUAACUGCGUUAUGUGAUAUUAGUACAACAAAAGCUUUAGAUGUUUAUGGAGGUACUGUAAAUGGAAUUCUUAGCGUACCUAGUUCUUCCAAAAUUGUAAUAUUUGGAUUCCCACUAUAUUUAUUAGGCCUAGCUGGUGAUUACGAUCUUUUUAAUCGAUUACGAUGGUUAGCACCAGUAGUCGCAUUGAAAUUAAAAGUUUCUAAUGAUCAAAGCCUUAAUAUAGCUAGAACAUGUAUAAACAUUUCAUAUGGUUUUAUAUCGCUCCAUAGUUACAUUAUAAAACCGCUGCAAAAUAAGUAUUAUUAUAAAAUGGUGAAAGAUGCGAAACCCUAUUACUUACAUGACAAUGAGGAUUCUGAAGGCGAUACAAUUUUAGACAGCUAUAGAGGCAAAUAUGGCAACAUACUAAUUUCAACAAGAAUAUUUGAUGUAUUUAUCGAAGCAACAUUAUGGCCAUUAUUAGGAAGAAUUGUUGGUGAAAAAAUAUUUUGUGGCUUCAUUUGGUUACAAAAUAAUUCUUAUGUUACCUAUCAACCAGAUGCUUCACCUAAUUCCCUUAGUAUGAUAUUUAAUUUUGCUGGUAUGGGGAUAGUAUCAUUAGCUAAUCAAGUUUUCAAGGGCUAUGUAACUAGAUUAAGAGUUCAGGAACUUAAAGAAUUACAAAGAAAUACCAUGCAAUUGGAUGACUAA